UGACGUAUAAUGUAGUGGACGGAACGCUUCUUUCAUCAGCAGCAACAGUUAGUCAGACACCUCGGUAGCUUGCUAGACAAAUAGCCGAACCAAUAAAGAUCUUUAGACGCUUUAGUGUAUAUUAGCCACUGUGUUUUAAACCCACUUCUGUCGUCUAGUUAGUUAUCCGAUUUAAUUUCAUAUUUAUGGUGUUGUUGUUAUUAGUCAGCUAGCGGGCUGGUUAAGUUAGCAUUAGCCUAGCUAACAUCCCCGACCAUGCAGUCACCAAGCUACUCUCCUUCUAAUGAAGAUAAGGAUAUCACAGUAAAUCAAGAAGUAGAGAGUGGGGCCGUUACUGUGAAAGAAGAGGAGGACACGUUCAGAGUGAAAGACGAGGAAGAUAUCACAGUAAAUCAAGAAGUAGAGAGUGGGGCCGUUACUGUGAAAGAAGAGGAGGACGCGUUCAGAGUGAAAGACGAGGAAGAUAUCACAGUAAAACAAGAAGUAGAGAGUGGGGCCUUUACUGUGAAAGAAGAGGAGGACGCGUUCAGAGUGAAAGACGAGGAAGAUAUCACAGUAAAACAAGAAGUAGAGAGUGGGGCCUUUACUGUGAAAGAAGAGGAGGACGCGUUCAGAGUGAAAGAGGAGGAUGGUGUUACAGUGAAAGGAGAGCAUGUAGUUUAUGGCGUGAAAGAUGAGAGGGAGGAGAUUACUUUUAAAUUGAAAAAGGAGGAGGAAGAAGAGGAGGAACCUGGAUAUCUGGGCCCGGUUUCCCAAACGCAUCUUAAGGCAUCCAAUGGUUCUAACGAUGAAUUUAGCCAUAAGAUGGUUUUUAGAAACCGUUCCCUGAUUAACACUGGAGAGAUACGGGACUAUCGUGGAUCCUCUGGGGAGCCUCAACAACCUCAUGAUGCUGAAGAGGGAGAGAAGGGUCUCUCCAGAUCAGAACACCUCAAUAAACACCUGCAGAGACCCACAGUGAAGAGAACUCACUGCUGCUCUGACUGUGGGAAGAGAUUAACCUCAUCAGGCAUUACAAUUCAUCAGAGAAUACACACAGGAGAGAAAUCUUACAGCUGUGAUCAAUGUGGGAAGAGUUUGUGUCGAUCUGGAGAGCUGACAGUGCACCAGAGAACACACACAGGAGAGAAACCUUACAGCUGUGGUCAAUGUGGGAAGAGUUUUACAACAUCUGGCUCUCUGACUCAACACCUGAGAACACACACAGGAGAGAAAUCCUAUAGCUGUGAUCAAUGUGGGAAGAGUUUUGUUCAAUCUGACCAGCUGACACGACACCAGAGAACACACACAGGAGAUAAAUCAUAUAGCUGUGAUCAAUGUGGGAAGAGGUUUGGUCGAUCUUGCCAUCUGACUCUACACCAGAGAAUACACACAGGUGAGAAACCCUACAGCUGUGAUCAAUGUGGUAAGAGAUUUGCUACAUCUGGCCACCUGACUCUACACCAGAGAACACACACAGGAGAGAAACCUUAUAGCUGUGGUCAAUGUGGGAGGAGUUUUAGUCAAUCUGGAGAUCUCAGAGUGCACCAGAGAACACACACAGGAGAGAAACCAUAUAGUUGUGAUCAAUGUGGGAAGAGAUUUGCUACAUCUGGCCACCUGACUCUACACCAGAGAACACACACAGGAGAGAAACCUUAUAGCUGUGGUCAAUGUGGGAGGAGUUUUAGUCAAUCUGGAGGUCUCAGAGUGCACGAGAGAAUACACACAGGAGAGAAACCUUAUAGCUGUGGUCAAUGUGGGAGGAGUUUUAUUCAAUAUGGAGAUCUCAGAGUGCACAAGAGAAUACACACAGGAGAGAAACCAUAUAGCUGUGAUCAAUGUGGGAAGAGUUUUGGUCAAUCUGGAGAGCUGACAGUUCACCAGAGAACACACACAGGAGAGAAACCUUAUAGCUGUGGUCAAUGUGGGAGGAGUUUUAGUCAAUCUGGAGAUCUCAGAGUGCACAAGAGAAUACACACAGGAGAGAAACCUUAUAGCUGUGAUCAAUGUGGGAAGAGGUUUGGUCGAUCUUGCCAUCUGACUCUACACCAGAGAAUACACACAGGAGAGAAACCCUAUAGCUGUGAUCAAUGUGGGAAGAUAUUUGCUACAUCUGGCCACCUGACUCUACACCAGAGAAAACACACAGGAGAGAAACCUUAUAGCUGUGGUCAAUGUGGGAGGAGUUUUAGUCAAUCUGGAGAUCUCAGAGUGCACAAGAGAAUACACACAGGAGAGAAACCUUAUAGCUGUGAUCAAUGUGGGAAGAGAUUUGCUACAUCUGGCAACCUGACUCUACACCAGAGAACACACACAGGAGAGAAACCUUAUAGCUGUGAUCAAUGUGGGAGGAGUUUUAGUCAAUCUGGCAAUCUGACUCUACACCAGAGAACACACAGGAUUGAAUUCUCAUAGCUGUGACCAGAGAUCAUCUGAUAAAAGAUCUCUGAUCAAAUAUUAGAAAAUACAUACAUGAAGGAGUUGUUUCAUGAUUUCAGUGAAUUAAUGUCACAAUGUAGAAUGUUUUUUACAUUGUAUGAGGAGUAUUGUAAUGAUUUCACAAUGUAGAAGCCUAAACGUUGGCCCCCUUAUGAAUUGAUUUCAACAUGUUAUGGAUAUUAGCCUCAUGGGGAAAAUCCAGGCUCUGAAAUGGAAGAGUACUAUAUCGGAUCAAAUCAAAUGUAUUUAUAUAGCCCUUCUUACAUCAGCUGAUAUCUCAAAGUGCUGUACAGAAACCCAGCCUAAAACCCCAAACAG